AUGGCCACCGACAAAGAGAAGCGCAGCUUGACUUGGGCCCAGAUCACCAAGUCGCUAUGCGCGGGGGGCGUCGCGGGGGCCGUGAGCCGCACGGCCGUAGCUCCGCUAGAGAGGUUGAAGAUUCUGAUGCAGGUGCAGGGCAACGAGAAGAUGUACACGGGCGUGUGGCAGGGUACAUCGCACAUGUUCCGCAAUGACGGCAUCAGGGGGAUGUUCAAGGGGAACGGCCUCAACUGCAUCCGCAUCGUGCCAAACCAGGCCAUCAAGUUCCUGACCUACGAGCAGCUCAGCCGCAAGAUCAGCCACCACUUGAUAGACAACGGCGGCGAUGGGCAGCUGACGCCGCUGCUGCGGCUGUCGGCGGGCGCAGCUGCGGGCGUGGUGGGCAUGUCUGCUACAUACCCUCUGGACAUGGUACGGGGCCGUAUCACAGUACAGGAGGCGGGCAACCCGCAGUACCGCGGCCUCUGGCACGCCACCGGCUGCAUCAUCAGGGAGGAGGGCCUGCUGGCGCUGUGGCGCGGCUGGCUGCCCAGCGUGAUAGGCGUGGUUCCGUAUGUAGGUCUGAACUUUGGUGUGUACGAGACGCUCAAGGAUGUGAUCAUCAAGACGUGGGGCCUGCGCGACGAGCGCGACCUGAGCAUCGCAGUGCGGCUGGGGUGCGGCGCGCUAGCGGGCACCAUGGGCCAGACCCUGGCAUACCCCUUUGACGUCGUGCGGCGGCGGCUGCAAGUGUCGGGAUGGUCAGGAGCCAAGAACCUGCACGCAGACCACGGGCAGGCGGUGGCGUACCGAGGCAUGAUGGACUGCUUUGUGAGGACGGUGCGGGAGGAGGGCAUCCAGGCGCUGUUCAAGGGCCUGGCCCCCAACUACGUCAAGGUGGUCCCCUCCAUCGCCAUCGCCUUUGUCACCUACGAGCAGGUCAAGGAGAUUCUGGGCGCCGAGAUCCGGCUGUCCGACUGAAGCUGAGGCCGAGCAGCCGGCAGGGGCUGGGCGGCGGCCCCGGCACGCCCCCCUGGCGCAGAGGCGUGGCUGCCUGCUGGCCGCAGGCUGGCCAGGCGCGGCGCGGCGGGCGGCCCGGCAUUCGUCACGAUUCGCGGAGGUGUUUGUUUGCUGGCUGCUGCGGGCUGGCAGCGGGGAGGGCUUUCCUGCUGUCUCAGCCCAGCCCAACCUUGAAUUCUGGUUUUCACAGACAGGCGAGGCUCCAAGCUGUGAAUGAGCCACCGCUUUUCCUACUCCUCCCUGUUUGACUCACGCCUGCCAUUCUUGGCCGGGCAGCGGCACCUGGCGCCGCUACUGCACACCCACCCUGCACCCCCUCCUCGCUCCUGUUUGUUCGACCGCCUUCCAAGCAUAGCGCCGAAGCCCUCUCUCGCCUGUUUGCACCCUCCCCGCCGCCCGCUGCUGCCUUGCACCACUUGCUUGCCCGUGCGCGCCUCGCCCCGUACUGCUAGCGCUGCCCCGCCUGUAGUGCUGUCCGCCUGCCCGAGGUGAAGCACUCCCGGCAUCUCCCCCCUCACCCCAUUUCGUGUCCCCUCUGGUUUUCCGCCUGCCUGCCGGCGCCAUGUGUGGCCCGUGAGACGAGCGCAUGUGUAUCCGGCUGCCCAGGCUUGACCCAUUCAUCUCCUCUGCCGGCCGAUGCGGCGCGCGCGCCUCCCCUGUACCGCGCCGCCACCUUUUUGCUUGUGACCGCAGACAGACAGCGCUGUGGCUCCAGUGUUGUAAACCUUUUCCAAC